UCCCAGCAGCAGCAGCGAGCUAUACCAUCGUCUCUGCCUCCAUGAACAAGUCUUGCUGCUCCAUUGAGUGAUUGGUUUUGGAGCUGUGAAUCGCAGGCUGACACUCGCUGCUCAUAGUCGGAAAGGAUUCCCUUGAACUCGUUGUCUGUCGAAUCGUUCACCCUCGGAAUUUAUUUGUUGGUCCAACCCCUUGAGCCCGAGGUCGAGAUGAGUGAAGAGCCAACAAUCAUCGACUGUGAGAAAAUGGAGACAGAUGAUGAACCAGAAGUCAUUAAAGAGAUUCUCAGCGAGAAUACUAAGGACAAGCUGUCCGAGAUGAAGAAAAACGACGGAAAUGCGUUGUAUAAAAGCGGCAACUACCGCGAGGCUCUUCCGCUGUACUCCGAGGCGAUAGCUUUGAACCCGGAUAAUUCGCUGUUAUACUUGAACCGAGCUGCCUGCUACAUGAUGCUCCACGAGCCGGCCAAAGCCCUCGUCGAUUGUCAGGAGGCUAUCCGCCGGGAUCCAUCAAAUGUAAAAGCCUUAUUCAGGGAAGCUAAAUGUCACAUAAGUCUGGGUGAUGCGCCAGCUGCGUUGAGAUCCUUAGGGAAGGCAAAAGCAAUCGAGCCGCAGCAUCAGGACCUGCCCAAAGAAGUUCGACAAGCUGAACAGCUGCAGCACUUCAUUGCCGAAGGCGAUAAGGCCUACAGCAAGGGAGAUUUCCGCAAAUGCGUCUACUGCAUGGAGAGGGCUCUCAGACAGAGUCCCGAUGGCGUGAAAUUCAAAUUACUCAGAGCGGAGUGUCUCGUCUACUUGAAUCGAUUGGAUGAAGCAAGGGACGUCUCUUCUGACAUCAUCCGUUUUGAAUCUUCGAACCCUGAUGCCUACUUCGUUCGUGGUCUCGCUCUGUACUACGAGGAUAACGUGGAUAAAGCGUUCCAGCAUUUCCUCAAGGUCUUGCAUUUAGCACCAGAUCAUUCUAAGGCUCUGAAAGUCUUCAAAAUGGCGAAAAACCUGCGCACUCAGAAGGAACAGGGGAAUUCGAGCUUCACGAGAGGGGAUUUCCAAGCGGCGCAUGCCAUCUACACAACAGCUCUCGCGAUCGAUCCUCUGAACCAGGCCAUCAAUGCGAAGCUGCACGCGAACCGCGCUCAAUGCUGUGUGAAAAUGAAUCGUCUCAAUGAAGCCCUCGAGGACUUCACGAAGGCCAUCAACCUCGACCCGAAAUACCACAAGGCUUACCUUCGAAGAGCCAAAUGCCACCUGGAUCUAGAAAUGUAUGAAGAGGCAGUCCGAGAUUAUGAGCACGUCUACCAGCAGGACAAAUCCAGAGAGAAUAAGAGACUACUAGAACAAGCCAAGAGGGAGCUCAAGCUUUCGAAGCGUAAGGAUUACUACAAAAUUCUGGGCGUUCCGAAAUCUGCAUCGAGCGAUGAAAUUCGGAAAGCCUACAGGAGGAAAGCGCUCGAACAUCAUCCAGAUCGACAUGCUAGUGCAUCGGAUAAACAGAAGCAAGACCAGGAGAAACUUUUCAAGGAGCUGAGUGAGGCCUAUGGAAUACUAUCUGAUCCAAAGAAGAAAGGACGUUACGACAAUGGUGUCGAGUUGGAUGAACAGGACGAUGCUGGAGGCUUCCAUCAAGACUUCAAUGCCUACCAGAUGUUCUUCGGUAAUAGCUUCCAAAGUGCCGGAAUGGGACCAUCGGAAGGAUACCAGUUCCGAUUCAUGUAACAAGGCCCUCGAUAGAUUCAACGAAAUUCAGCGCUAGAGAUAAUGAUUUGAUAAUUUUCGACUGUAUCGCUUAUAGAUGGUGGUUGAGGGAGCACUGUGUUGACCAAAUUUUUUCUAAGUUCCGGAGCAAGCGCCCGCAUGUGAUCCUAACUCGAAAACUCCGCAUCAAAUUCGUCGGUGGAGACCGUUGAUUAGGCUCCUCGGAGUAUAGAAACGCGAUUAUUUAUGAAAAGUUGUUCAAAAGUGCAGAAGUUGAAUGAGGACUCGAGGAAUUCCCGCAGACUGAGUCUUUCGCGGCCUAUGAGUGCCAGUGUAGAUAGUCUCGAUAUUUUCUCCGUUUCUUAUCGCCAUCCAUGAUGAUUUGAAUGCAGUCGCUUCGCGAGAAGAUUGGAUCGAUCCCUGGAACCGAGCGGCGAGGAGAUCAUCCUGGCUGUAUUCGGUUUAUAACGAGUAAUUCACUGGAAGACUUGGUGAUUUGUGGAAGGCCGCAGCAGCGUCACACGAGCAUAGCCUGGACGAUAUGUCGGCAUAUGAGGAAGAUUUCUGUAAUGAAGAGACCCCGAUUCCCUCGAAGGAACGAACCGAUGCACACGCGUUUCCGCCUGUCAAUAAAAGUCGUCGUGAAAAUUCAAA